CUUUGGGGUUCAACUGACGCGCACUUUUGACAGCGUGGAAGUCUUGACCGAUAUUUGUACUUUUGUCCUCGUCCAGAUAUCACAUCGUGUUGAGAAGUGCAUCUAGAGUAAGUGUGUGGAGGCGGCCGCAGGUCCAAACAUGCGUGGUGGCAGUCCCGCUAUAGUUAGACGUACGCCAAGUCGCGUAUGCUAGUUGGAGUUGGCCAACAAUGCAACUAAUUGCCCUGGAAAUCUUCUUGUACUUGAAUUGGACGCUUCUUUUCACAGCAGAGCUCACAUCGGAGCGCUAUCUCGCCCAUUCCCCGAGUACUGGCGUUCCAGAGUGUUGCAAACGGCAGGCUAUCAGUUUCUAACGCAACCAGCUUCUUCAUUUUCCAAACAUGUUUUUCCCGCUCCAACGUGGUUCCUGGUUUUCCAUGGAGCUCACAUCCAUCGGCUCGCUUCUUUCACAAUGGAGACCGCCGUGGACAGAGAAACGGGAACCACCUUCAAGGAGAAGCGUGGCCGUGCCCCCUUUCAUCGAAAGCACGUGGCACAACUACCUACGUGUUCGAGUGAGCGCCAGCAUGAGCUUGGUCGUGCUUACUUUCCUUCUUACAUGCUUUAUGGUACGGCCGAUGACUGCCGUGACAUCUGAUCCCCUUGACUUUCACUGGCCUGGUUCUCGAAUUUUAGCUGUCGGCGAUCUUCACGGCGAUAUCGGCAAUACAAUGCUACUGCUGUACGGAGCCGGAGUAGUAGAUGAAGACGGGAACUGGAUUGCAGGCGACACUCUCCUGAUUCAGACUGGUGAUGUCGUCGAUAGGGGCCCCGAUGGAAAGCGCAUUUACGACUACUUCGCGAGUCUAUCUGCGCAAGCAACGGAACAAGGAGGAAAAAUAAUUCAACUUCUCGGAAACCACGAUGUAAUGAAUAUCUGUGGAGAUUUUCGAUACGCUCAUCCUUCGGAAACGAUUGAAUUUGGAGGUGCCCUGGAGCGCCGCCGGCAGUUCAUGGAUGGCGGGCAUUAUGGCAACAUGCUCCGAUCAUUCCCACUAUCAAUAAAGGCAAAUGGCGUCAUCUUCUCCCAUGCAGGGAUCCCGAGCGACUUCGCUGUUUUGGGACUCAGCAAGCUUACGCAACAACUUCGAGAAGAAUUGGCCAACGAUUGCAAGCUACAUAACUCUCGGUUCUACAACGAGGCCAUGGGAUCGUCAACGGGUGAUCUGUUUGUGGCUGGUUCUCAAGGUCCGCUAUGGACACGGGUUUAUUCCAUGGGGCAAAUGACGAAGAUAUGUGAGGAACUUGACAAAACACUAGGGAUACUGGACUCUGAGAAAAUGGUCAUUGGCCAUACAGUGCAGGAAUCUGGCAAUAUUGAGGUAUACUGUGGUGGGAGGCUCCUCCUGAUCGACACAGGAGUCAGCCGGUACGUAGCUGAUUCGCCUAGGAUGCUCGAAAUCCGCGAUGGUACCUUUUUUGAAUGGAGACUUGACAUUUCGAAGCAGGGCACUGACAGUGAGCCCAACGUCCGUGGGAGUAAGAGGCAGUUGAAUAUCCCACCUUUGAAAAACUCGACAGACAUAACGACUACAAACACUGACGACGGCGGGAGUUGCGGCGAAGAGAACUCAAAUGGGAGCUCUCGCGGAGAUGAGCUAUGAGUAGUAGUUGUUGACAGGUGCCGGUUUUGUUUCCGCGGAUUUUUCGCCGUUGGAUCCCUGUGCUAGCAGAGUUUCAAAAGGACAGGGUGCGCAGAUAGUGUCAAAUUUUGUACUCAAAAAAACUGAUGCAGGUCCUUGAUUUAACAACGUUACUCGCACUUUUUCUUCUGGCAUGCCAGAUAUGUGUGCCCUCCUUUUCGGUUGUUUCCGGUGUAUGGACGUAACGUGUGAGAAUUUAGUAAAGGGCAGUAACAGGGCAGCUAAGCUGCCCUGUUACUGUGCUUGUAGCCAUCCCAACAGUCGACGUCGCUCCUAGUCAGCGAGAGUUUCUUCCUUUUCCCAUAGAAGAGCCAUGUGCUUCGUAAUUGAGUGAGUCACCGAUAACGUUUACUGCCCACUCGAAAUUAGGCAGCGAGCAGCUCAACCACAUUGACGAACCACCUACCAGAGCAGGGAAUGGAUCUGCAGAUACUUCGCGACACAAGGCAUUAUCGUAUUCGGUAGCACCCGAGUGUGUCCCUGGACCCGGUGGGUUUGUACGAUGCAAACCACCACAGAAGGGGCGGGAAGGUACAUACGCUCAGGUGGUAAAAGAUGCGCGGUCCAUCAAUGUUAUCGCAGAUGUACAGGGACGUGUGCAUUGUCGCUACCGCGGUGACCUUUCUUCCGUCUCUAACCGCCACGUGUGAAUGCUAAAACCCUUUGUGGCGAAGAACGUAGCGUGUGGCUCGG